AUGAAGUUACUGGCCUGUAGUCACAGAACCAUCCUGAAGUCCGCAGGUCUCUGGUGUGUCAUUGCCAUGGCACCCUACUGCAAUGUCUUCCUGAACACCAAGGACAAUGUGCUGAUGUCCACCAGAGCUGUCAGUGCCUUUAUGGAGGAUGACCUCCAUAUCCUCAUGGGGUUCGUAGCCUUAUCUCACUUGUGCGGUAUAGCAGGGGUGGAUCCAACUUCUGUCCACAUCUUUGCCACCUCUGCCACUUCCUAUCCAGUCCUGGACUACCUGGAUGUGUGCACCUCUGAUACUGAUUGUAGCUCCUUCGCAGUGGCCUAUAUCAACAAGAAGCUGGAAGACAUGCUUAGCACCAUGGUACAGCUCUACAGUGAGAAGUCUGCAUUUCCUGUAUCCCUGAUCCCACCUCACCUCUCUGUGUCCCCACCCCCAUUCAACCCACUCUUUUCCCCAGAAUCCCCCUCCCCUCUGGCCCUAUCCAGCUUCUCCUCACUCCUUCCUUGCCCCCUCUUUAGUCCCCAGGCCCUCAAGGCCUUUUCAGACUUCUACCCAACAAUGGGUCUUCUGGGUAACAUGAUGGUAACACCACCCAAAUCAGUUACUAGUUGAGCUAGCCCACCAGAGCA